AAUGGGACGGGAUUCCACCGCCACAGGUAUGCGUAAUUAGGUUAAUUUUUAGACGGGACGAGCUGCAGCUACAAUUUGUCAUUCAUAUUAUCUUUCAUUUUGUAUAUUUUACUAUCUUAGCAAUUUAAUAAAAUAAAUAUAUAAUUAUUUAUAAUUUUAUCGCUUUAUUACUAUGCAUAUAUGAAUGUUAUUAAUUGUAUUCAUCGAUAUGAAAAUCUAUAAAAGCCAAUCCCCGUGAGAUAUUAACUCUCAGUUAUUGACCAUCUUCGUUUGACUUGCGCGCUUCAUGACAGAUACUUGAGUAUACGUUUUUUUUAUUUAAAUUGUUUUUUUAAAUUAAUGUUAAUUGUAUUCUAUUAUAAUUGUAUUUAAUAGUUUGUAUUAUUUUUGUAUAUACCUAUAGUGUAAUAUAAAGAUAUCCCAAUAUUUGGUUGUUGAAUUUGAGGAUAAUUCAAUAGAAGCUGUUCCGGCUGGCUGGUUUAAAAAAAAAGAAGGCACAUGCGCGUGGCCAACCACUAAAAAUACUAACUUUAUUAGAAAAUGUGUCGAGUUCAAAAGUAUUCCGAACGAUGUUGAAUACAGUUACCAUGCAGCUAAAGUUUUGAAAAUAUCUGAUUCAUUAUUUAAAGCAAGAAAAAUGGUAAAAAAACGAUUAAAAAACAUUGAUAUAUCAUCUACCGAUGAAGAUAUUUUAUUAAAACCCAAACAAAGAACGGCUAAAACUGCAUCAAAUCUACAGUUUUCAUCAUCAUGUCCAACAUUUUCAGCAUCUGAAGAUGAUAACUGCAGCAGUGAUGAGAAUGUUAAGAAGAACGGUACUAGCAGGACAUUAUUAAAUGGAUGGUCGCCAUCUCCUAAAAAAGUUAAAUUUUAUGAAGGACUGAAAAAUCCACAAAAUAAUAGCCUUACAAAAGAUAGUUAUAUUUAUGCUUCAAAGUCAUCAACUGUGAAAAAAUUAUCUUUUAGUGAUGAUAAUAAUACAUCUUCGAAUGGUACUUAGAAGUACAAAAAUAUAGUUGAUCAAACAAAUCUUGCUUGUGACCUUAUUGAUAUAAACUCUGUGGAUAAUUAUGUUUUUGAAACUCCCGGGAAUCUGAGAUAUAAUAAUGUUAUUAAAUCAACUGAUCUUGAACUCGGUAAUUAUUGAAUUAAAUUAUAUUUUACCUU